AUUAUAGAGGGGAGCUCAGUCCCAAACUUAGGCUGGUGUUCAAAGAUUUGUGUUAGCACGAGCAAAGGGACAAGACUGACACACGUGUUGCCUGUAUUUUCAGUGGUUGGCUGGGGUAGCACACCUGUGACCAUGACGUCACGGUUCGUACGGCCACACCUCCAGAACCUGAGGGCCAUGUUCUACCUGGUCACGCCCAACGAGACGUCAUUUGAGGACAUUGAUGACGUCCCGAACUAUGUGGAUGAGGCUGUGCCGUACUUCACGAUCCUGAUCAUACUCGAGUGUGUCAUUCUGAAAGUACAAGGCAAGGAUCUGCCGCGCAUCAACGACGGUGUCAACAGCAUGACGCAUGGACUGCUCUCUACCAUGCAUGCGUUGAUCUCCCGAUCAAUUGAACUAGUGACCUACAUCUAUAUCUACGAAAACUUCCAUUUUAUCAACCUCCCGUGGAACAGUCCAUUUACAUGGGUCGUGGGGAUGUUAGCUACAGAUUGCUUAUACUACUGGUUCCAUCGCUUCAGUCACGAGAGUAACAUCGUAUGGGCUUCACACCAAGUUCACCACAGCUCAGAAGAGUAUAAUUUGACAACAGCAUUACGGCAAUCUCUCAUGCAGAAAUACUACAGUAUGUUUUUAUACCUACCUAUGGCGCUUUGCGUCCCUCCAUCCAUCUUCUAUGUUCACCAACAAUUUAAUUUGUUGUAUCAAUUUUGGAUACACACAGAGGUAGUCAGUACCCUGGGACCACUGGAGUACAUACUAAACACUCCCAGUCAUCACAGAGUGCACCAUGGCAGAAAUCCUUAUUGCAUUGACAAAAAUUAUGCAGGAACUCUUAUCAUAUGGGAUAGAAUGUUUAACACAUUCCAGGCUGAAGGUGAGAAAGUUGUUUACGGAUUAGUUCACCCAAACACCUUCUGGAGCCCAGUCUACGGACAGUUCUACCACUACUUGUACAUCUUUGGUCUUGUGAGAAGUCACAAAGGUCUGGCCAACAAACUAUCGGCAGUUUUUAAAGGACCAGGCUGGGAGCCAGGUAAACCAUGGAGGGGACUGUAUGAGGACCUCCCACAGGUUGAGCAGCCUGUUAGAAAAUACAACAGCAACCUCCCAACCUGGGCCAAUGUAUAUGUUUUGAUACACUUCACACUAGUCAUAGCAUUUUAUAGCGUUGUAGCCUCCUACAAGAAGAAACUAGGGUACAUAACCAGUGUUGGAUUCGUGACCUAUUUUAUUUUCUCUGUCUCUGUGUUUGGAGCCAUGUAUGACCACAGAAAGUUCAGCACUCUAAUGGAGUUCCUGCGCUGCAUCCUGUCUCUCUACGUCUGCUGUAGCCUGACAGGACCAAUAGUUCUAGAGAGUUCUGUUGUGACAGUGCUCAGUAUUUUGUUCAUGUUGUCUGCUACUGUGUGGCCAAUUCUCUCCCUUGUUGGAUAUGACAUCCACAACAAGGUCAAAAAAACUGUCUGAGAUUUAUUCAAAAUCUGAUAUUUAUUACAAACAAGUUGUGAGAUAAAUUCUUAACUAAAAUACAAGCCAGAGGAUAAAUGUCUGCAUGAUGUUCGCAUGUGAUAUAAUGUCACUUUUUAACAGAAGUAGGGGUGAUAGUCUUGUUUUUUAACACA